UCCAAUUAUUCAAUCCGCAUCGCGUUGCCGUCAGCUGACAGCUGACCACCAUUUUGUCCGACAUCAGCGGUCUGGCGGACUUUUCAAAAAUAAAUCGACGUUUACAGUCAUCGUUUUGAUCAUGGUGAAAAGGUGUAGCUGGGGUACCUGCAACUCGGACACGCGGUACCCGGAACGACUUGCUGGUGGUAUCACCUUUAUUCCAUUUCCCAAGCCUGCCAGAAAUUUUCAAAAGUGUCAACGAUGGAUAACCUGGAUACGUUUGUGUGGUCGCCCCAAGUAUCAACUGAACAUGGACAUACUUCGUGACCACAGCCGAGGAAAACAUUUCUUCGUAUGUACAAAGCACUUUGUUGAUGGAAAACCCUCCAAGACAUUUCCGGACCCUGCGUCUGCACUACCUCAUGAACAAAAUGAAAAUCCAAAGACAGUAAGACCACGACCCAAACCACGCUUGCCAUUUAUGGGCGACAGAAAAAGGAAGUUCUUCUUGAAACACACAGAUAUGGAACAUCCAGAGCCUACAACCAUGCAGCAGGAAUCUGAUAUUCUUGUCCAACAAAGUGACACCAUGGGUCUUCUGCCACUGGAUAUGCUGGCUCUAGCUGCAGAGAACAAGCAACUCAAAGAGGAUAUGGCCAAACUGAUCCUAGAAAAGGAGGAGCUUAUGCGUGCCCAGCAGAUCAACACCAAAAUUAGUGCUAAAAAUGUUAAGCAUGAUGUGUAUUCUUUUUCAACAUUUGCCUUCAAAAUUUCGCCAGGAAUUCCCAAACACUUUCAGUAUCAUUGAUGGAACAGAAAUAAAAAUUCAGAGACCCUCUUCACUGACAAGACAAAGUCAAGCAUAUUCAGAUUACAAAUCAAGUACUACCCUGAAAGGUCUCAUUGGUGUGGACCCAAGAGGUUCAAUUACAUUCAUAUCAAUGCUGUUUUCUGGGGCGAUAUCAGACAAAGAAUUAACUGAAAAAAGUGGUUAUCUGUCCCUCCUCAGAGAAAUGGUUAAGUGUGGGAAACUUAGAGUAGGAGAUGGUCUGAUGGCAGACAAGGGCUUUAAUAUUGAAAAGGAAAUAAGGGCCACUGGAUUACGCCUCAACAUUCCCCCUUUUGCACCAGGUAUAGGUCAGAUGUAUA